GAUGCAACACAGUAACUUUUAAAAUCCAUGUUGUUGUUUCCUACAGCUGUAUUACCAAGUCUUGAAUUUUGCCAUGAUCGUCUCCUCUGCGCUGAUGAUCUGGAAGGGGCUGAUCGUGGUCACGGGCAGCGAGAGCCCCAUUGUCGUGGUGCUCAGUGGCAGCAUGGAACCAGCUUUUCACAGAGGAGACCUCUUGUUCUUAACGAAUUUCCACGAUGACCCAAUCAGAGCUGGUGAAAUAGUUGUUUUUAAAGUUGAAGGCAGAGACAUUCCAAUAGUUCACAGAGUAAUCAAAAUACAUGAAAAAGAAAAUGGGAACAUCAAAUUUCUGACUAAAGGUGAUAAUAAUGAAGUUGAUGAUAGAGGCUUGUACAAAGAAGGUCAGAACUGGUUAGAGAAGAAGGAUGUUGUUGGAAGAGCAAGAGGAUUUUUGCCUUAUGUUGGAAUGGUAACGAUCAUCAUGAAUGACUACCCAAAAUUCAAGUAUGCUCUUCUGGCAGUAAUGGGAGCAUAUGUCCUGCUGACACGUGAAUCCUUAGAACCACCAUCAAAACCCGGCCACUUUUCCAAGGACAAAAGCCCCGAUGGACUGACCUGGAGAGGCCUAAUUUUUAGGGACCGUGUGUGUUUCCAGAACACAGGCUUUUAA